AUUUAAGACACAGGCCUGAAGGAAGGUCUUCAGAGAAUCUAGAGAGCAGGUUCACUGAGUCACCCACCGCCCCAGGCCACAAGCAUCUGCAAGGUCCCUGAUGGCCCCAGCCUUGUCCUUCCUCCUGGUCCUGCUGCUGCUCAGCUGCAACGCCAUCUGCUCUCUGGGCUGCCACCUGCCUCACACCCACAGCCUGGCCAACAGGAGGGUCCUGACACUCCUGCAACAACUGAGGAGGGUCUCCCCUUCCUCCUGCCUGCAGGACAGAAAUGACUUCGCAUUCCCCCAGGAGGAGCUGGGUGGCAGCCAGUUGCAGAAGGCUGAAGCCAUCUCUGUGCUCCACGAGGUGACCCAGCACACCUUCCAGCUCUUCAGCACAGAGGGCUUGGCCACCACAUGGGACGAGAGCCUCUUGGACAAGCUCCGCGCUGCACUGGAUCAGCAGCUCACUGACCUGCAAGCCUGUCUGAGGCAGGAGGAGGGGCUGCGAGGGGCUCCCCUGCUCAAGGAGGACUCCAGCCUGGCUGUGAGGAAAUACUUCCACAGACUCACUCUCUAUCUGCGAGAGAAGAGACACAGCCCUUGUGCCUGGGAGGUUGUCAGAGCACAAGUCAUGAGAGCCUUCUCUUCCUCAACAAACUUGCAGGAGAGAUUCAGGAGAAAGGACUGACACACACCUGGGUCAACAUGGAAAUCAUUCUCACGGACCAACAGACCACACUUCCUCCUGC